AUGGAAAACAACCCACCCCGCAAAAAGGUCGCCGUCGUUGGCACGGGAAUGGCAGGGCUCAUAAUUGCCUAUAUCCUCAAAAAUGAUCAUCGUCAGAGAUUUGAAGUGGAGGUGUUCGAAAAGCAAGACAAACUUUCCCUUGAUUCAGCUUCACACACCAUCUCAACCCAGGGUGGCGACGGCGAAAACCAGGAACGUCUUGAUCUUCCCAUGCGCGCUAUUGCCGACGGCUACUACGAAAAUUUAAAACGAAUGUACGAUUACUUCGGCAUCACAUACGGUUCGCGUCGGUUUAUUUACUCCCUGUCGACGUUACCCAAGGACUUGCACGAACAAGUCAACCCGUACUACGUCCAUUCCUCGAACAACCACCAAAUACCUCCUCUGCGUCCCGAAGGCCUGUCAUGGACUAGAUGGCUGGUGGAGACAUGCUAUUUGGCUGUUUGCUAUUAUUGGUUCACUGCUUGCUGUUUCUUCGUCACACCUAGGACAGUUGAGUCGUUUGGCGCGGAGGAAUCUCUGCGUCAAUACGUCGAGAGGAUUUAUUUGCCAUGGUAUUAUGUCAAGCACUAUUUACUGCCGAUGAUGUCAAGUGUUACGACCUGCUCCCACGAUGCGUUAUUGGAAUUCCCUGCUAUUGAUGUGGUCGACUACGAGAGGAAGACGUUCCGCAAAACACACUACACUGUUACCGGUGGCGUCCAGCGUGUCGAAAAAGAGCUUUCUCGGGGUAUGAGGAAUCGGCUUGCUACCAAGGUCACGUCUGUCGAGAAUAUCGGCACAGAAGUGAAAGUCUCUUGGACAAACACCCUCGACGGCCAAAAUGAUUCGAAAUUGUUUGACCAUGUGAUUCUUGCCGUGACACCGGAUGUCAUUGGCGCAAUCUUCGAACCCCUCCGGAGUGCGGUGGCAGCUGUUCCUACAACCACGGUGCAGAUCGUUAUCCACCGCGACUUUUCUAAGAUCAUUGAUUGCAGCAAGUCUCUGUGGAGGCAGAUUGCAUCGAAUAGAUCUGACUCAGCACCUCAGCCAUUCCAUAUCUGCUCGAGCGCCGAAGCAACUGAAGCAACACACGAACACCCAUCAGCUUAUCUUAUUACCAACUACCCUAUUGCCCCAAUCGACCCUGAGAAGGUUGUACAUACCGCCACCCUCACUCGCGUUCUGCGAUCACCCACCAGCAGACAGAUUGUCAAUAACAUCUUUGGGAAAAGGGUCGUGGGCCAGGAAAAGAGCCAGCUGUGGCAAAACGGGGAUGGAAAUGUCUGGCUGGUUGGCAGCUGGUGCUGGGAUGGUAUGGUCCUCCUCGAGGGCUGUGUUGGCUCCGCUAUAAGGGUGGCAAAUGCACUUGGUGUUCAAGUGCCAUGGAUGCAAUAG